AUGUCCUUCUCUAUAUCUGAUAUUCCAGACCCUCAUGGCAAAGUAGUGAUCGUUACCGGCGGCAACAGUGGUAUCGGCAAAGAGACUGUAACUGUCCUAGCAUCGAAGGGUGCCAGAGUAUAUCUCGCCGCACGCACGAAGGAAAAAUAUGAGCAAGCUAUGAACGAGAUUUAUACUUCUCAUCCUGCCACGGUCAAUGGCGAAAUACUCUUCUUACAUUUAGACCUUUCUACUGCCAACGGUGCUAAAGCAGCUGCUGAAGACUUUAAAUCGAAGGAGAGUGUUCUACAUGUUUUGUACAACAAUGCCGGGGUUAUGGGUACUCCCAAAGGCAAAAUUUCUAGUGAUGGAUACGAAUAUCAAUGGGCCGUUAAUGUGUUCGGACCUUUCGUUUUCACGUACUGGCACCUUCUCUCAGUUUUGGAACGUACUGCUGAAAAUGCGCCCUGUGGUACUGCGCGUAUAAUUAACAUUGCAUCAGAUGGUGCCAAACAAGCCCCAAAGCGUGGAAUCCCACUGGACGAUCCGACUGUUGGAUUUAAUGCUACUCGAUUUGAAUGCUACGGCAACAGCAAGUUAGGCACUAUACUGAUCGCUCGCCAGCUCGCUCAGCGAUACCCGAAUAUCUUAAGCUUGGCACCUCAUCCUGGUCCCGUUCAAUCGAGCCUAACGAGGGAGCUGGGAAUCCCCCGUCCAAUUAUGUGGAUACUCAACCAUGUCGUCUUCAAACCAUUGUAUGCAGGGACCGCAGCUACGAUAGACUCUUCCCACAACGGCUCUUUCUUAGUCCCACUUGCUAAAUUCGAGGACAAGCUUCCUCAUACUCAAUGCUACGAUGAUGAAUUUGGUAAAAGGGUUUGGGAUUGGAACGUGGAAGCAAUGAAAAAAGCGGGAGCUGACUAG